CAGAAGCGUACACUUCCAUUUUCUCGACCCUUUCGGCGAACAGAGAGCACGUGUCUGCUUGCCGGUUACGUUUAGCUCAUUUUAUCGUAUAAAACUUCGCGUCAGACUUGUAGCUUGUCGAAGCUUGGUGACUAACAAUCUAAGGAUUGUGAUCGUCGUAUAGACAGGUUAAUAUGAAUCCUGAAAAGUUGAAGAAGCUUCAAGCUCAAGUACGAAUCGGCGGUAAGGGAACACCCCGACGCAAGAAGAAGGUUGUUCAUGCUACUGCUGCUACAGAUGAUAAGAAAUUACAAAGUUGUUUAAAAAAGUUGUCUGUGAAUACAAUUCCUGGAAUAGAGGAGGUUAAUAUGAUUAAGGAUGAUGGUACUGUCAUCCACUUCAAUAAUCCAAAAGCUCAAGCUAGUUUAUCUGCUAACACAUUUGCCAUUACUGGUCAUGGUGAGAAUAAACAAAUAACUGACAUGUUACCGGGAAUAAUAAGUCAGUUGGGUCCUGAAGGUGUUACACAGUUAAAGCGACUAGCAAGCACAGUUUCUGGAAGCACAGUUGGUAAAUCAACUUUGGAAGAAGAUGAUGAGGUACCAGAUUUAGUGGAAAACUUUGAUGAAGCUAGCAAAGAGGAGGUUGCUCCAAAAAAGGAAGUGGAUGAAAAUGAUAAAGCAGCUGGUGAUAAAAAAGAAGCUGUUACGAUUGAUGAAAAGAAAGAAGCCCCCUUAGCUACACCUGAAGCUUAAAAAGUGUUCAGUAACAAGCUAUUUCAUACAACCAACAGUUGUAAUUGACAAGUCGAGUAAUACAAGUUGCAAAAGCAAUGCGUAAACGAAGUAUCACUAUACAUACGUUAUAAAUAUUUGACAUACACUAUAAUAAUCUAUAUGAGUAACAGUUAACAAGAAAUAAAAAAGGCUGUUACAGAAAUCAAAAGUUUCUACAGACAAUGUUCUUUACUUUGUUGCAUUUGCUAAAAGGUAGACUUUGCUUUGAAACAGCUAAAAUGAUCUUAUUUUCCCUAAAUUAAUAUUUUUUAAUAUUAUGCGCGAAUGACGAAUGGUGUUUGAAUUUUUGACACUUAAUUCGAAUAUUCAUUCACGUGAGACGCGACGUGAAUUUAUAAUUUUUAUUAUGAUCAUAUAAUACGAUCAUAUCUUUCUCAUUGUCUCACAUUGUAUUCGCAAUGUGUUUUUACUUGUCCAGAGUAAACUCAAAGAAUUUAUAGAAAUAUAAUUAGAGAGCGAAAUGAAAUUCCGGCAAGAGAUAAUAAUAGCUUUCCUAUUCGCAGUAUAGGGGAAAGAAGUUUAUAUGCAUUGUAGAAAAAAAGAAAGACGCGCGAAGUACUGAUGCACCUCUAUUUUAAUCGAAAUUGAUAUAUGGAUAAGGAUAGUUUUUUGCAAUAGUGUUCCAGCGUGAAAAAAUGAGGUGUAAUAUUUUGUAAUGUAAUCUAUGAAAUAAAUUCAUUUGCUGGAAA